CGGACAUAGAAAAAACGCGUCUGUUGACACGCCAAAUGUGACAAAAGCUCAAAAUUUUACAGUUAAAUUAAAAAUAUUUAAUUUUUUUUUGUUUAAAUUCAUAAUCGAACUUUACGGUUGGAAAAAAGAUGCAUAAUAUGCACGACACAGGCUAGAGACAAUGAUGCAUUUCUUAAAACUUAAAUUCGCAAGUAGGAAUAAUAGUGGUGCUAAUACUAGUGGAAACUCUUCGGAAAGAGAUAAUAAGGUUGUUAAAGAGAUCAGGCAUCUUCCUGUUGUACAAGAGUCAAAAAAUAUUCCUCUACCUAACAUGACCUCGAGUCAGUCCUCAUCCUCCGGGGUGCUAAUGGUUGGCCCUAAUUUCAGAGUCGGAAAGAAAAUCGGCAACGGAAACUUCGGCGAACUACGUUUAGGUAAGAACCUUUACAAUAACGAGCAUGUGGGCAUCAAAUUGGAACCGCUCAAGAGCAAAGCUCCCCAGCUACACCUGGAGUAUCGGUUUUACAAAAUGCUCGGACAAGUCGAAGGAGUUCCUAAGGUGUACCACUUGGGUACCUGCGGUGGCAGGUACAACGCCAUGGUGAUGGAACUUCUUGGACCCAGUUUGGAGGAUCUUUUCACCUUGUGCAGCAGGAAGUUUCGCCUCAAAACCGUUUUAAUGAUCGCGGAUCAGCUGAUCACCAGGAUCGAAUACGUGCACUCAAAACGGCUGAUUUACCGGGAUAUUAAGCCGGAGAACUUCCUUAUAGGCCGUUCGAAGUCGAAGAAGGAGAAAAUUAUUCAUAUUAUCGACUUCGGGCUGGCUAAGGAGUACAUCGAUCCGGAAACUGGGAAGCAUAUUCCUUAUAAGGAGCACAAGUCCUUAACGGGCACCGCCAGAUAUAUGAGCAUCAACACCCAUUUAGGACGGGAACAAUCCCGAAGGGACGACCUGGAAGCAAUGGGCCACAUGUUCCUCUACUUCCUAAGAGGAUCUUUGCCCUGGCAAGGCCUUAAGGCCGACACCCUUAAGGAGAGAUACCAAAAGAUUGGCGAUACGAAGAGGAGUACCCCCAUAGAAGUACUUUGCGAAGGUCAACCCGACGAGGUGGCAACUUACAUGCGAUACGUGAGGAAUCUGGAUUUUUUCGAAACGCCCGACUACGACUACUUGAGGAAGAUGUUUAGGGAUUUGUACGUGAAAAAGGGGUAUCCGGACGAUGGGAUUUUUGAGUGGACUGACAGAGUUUCCUGGCUUAAUACUGAGGAGCGUAAGGAGAUCCACAAGACGAAAACCUAAGCGGGCAUUUUUGUAGGAUGUUAAGUUUUGUCUUUUGUGUAUUCAACAAAGGUCUUUUUUUUGAAUAUUUUAUAAAAAAUAAUAAAAUUUUUAUUGAGUCAA